AUGCCUGUCUCUUAUACACAUCUAGAUGUGAGUGAUAUCCGCGUUGUGAUUGGAUUAGACUUUGGAACAACUUAUUCUGGAUUCGCUUAUUGUCACGUUAGUGACGAAGACAAUGUAUGCUCAAAUGUUUUGUGGUGUGGAGAAGCAGGUCAAGUAAAAACCAACACAGUUCUCCAAUAUGAUAACGAUUAUAAUGAAGUAAAAUUAUGGGGAGCUCCAGCCCUAGCUAAAAAGCAAGGUCGUAAAAAAAGAAGAAAAACUGUUGCAACAGCUUGGCCAAUGGUUGAUUACUUUGAGAAUGUUCUUUUAGUUAUUACAAUUCCUGCAGAAUUUUCUGAAACUGCAAAAGCAAUUAUGAGGACAUGUGCGUUUGAUGCAGGAUUGAUUAAAAAAAAAUACUCAACAAAUUUACAAUUUACCACAGAACCCGAAGCUGCUGCGAUAUAUUGUAUGAAAAAGAAUCUUAACGAACAAGCUCUUGCACAACCAGGAACAAACUUUAUGAUAGUUGAUUGUGGGGGUGGUACAGUAGAUGUAACAACCCGAAAAUUAUUAAACGAAGGACAAUUGGGCGAAAUAACCGAAAGAGCUGGUGAUUUUUGUGGAAGUACUUAUGUUGAUGUUGAAUUUAUUAAAUAUUUACGAAAAAUACUUGGAAAUGAAGCUAUGGAUUUAUUAGAGAAUAAUAUAGUUGGACAACGACAAUAUUUGAUUCAACAAUUUUGUAAAGAUUGUAAAUUCCAUUUUACAGGAGAGGAUCGGGAUUAUUGUUAUACUUUGGAUAUUGAUGAAACGAUUCCGAUAUUAAAAGAUUAUGUCACUAAUAAUCAUGUUAGAGAAGGUUUAGAAGAGAAUGAUUGGACAAUUGAUAUUGAUUUUGCAACAGUGAAAUCAAUAUUUGAACCUGUUAUCCAAAGAAUCCUUAAAUUGAUAAAAGGUCAAUUACGUAAUUCUCAAGAACCUUGUUCUGCAAUGUUCUUAGUUGGAGGUUUUAGUGAAUCAAAAUAUUUACAAAAAAGAAUUAAACAGGAAUUUCAACAUAUAGUAAAACUUAUUUCGGUUCCAGUUCUACCCACGGCAGCAAUUUCACGUGGAGCUACAAUGUAUGGAUUAUCCAUAAGUUCAAAUUUAAAUAAUAUAGGAAAUAAUAGGAGAGUUAUUUCUUCAAGGAUUCUUAAAUAUUCUUAUGGAUGUGAUAUGUGGAAGAAAUGGGAACAUGGAGAUCCAAUUGACAGAAGAACUCCAGAGGGAUUUAUUGCUAAAUUUAAACGUUUGGCUAAACGUGGUACUACAAUGGGUAUCGAUCAAGAAGUUACGGUUAAUCGUGUACCGAUAUUUGAAAAUCAAGACAAUAUGAUUACUAAAAUAUAUUAUACUCGAGAGUAUGAUGCGGAAUACUGUGAUGAUCCUGGCGUGAUGCCUUUAGGAGAUCUUAUUGUUGAUCUUCCUGGCGAAGGUUUUAAUAGACGUAUAUUAUUUGGAUUAACUUUUGGGAAAAUGGAAAUUAUCGCUACUUCAAGGGAUAAACAAACAGGACAAAGUUAUAGAACUACUUUUAAAUUUAAUUUGGAUGAAUAA